AUGUUAGAACUGGCCAUUGAGGACGAUUCUGAUUCCGGUGGUGAGGAUAUGUCAACGGAAAUCGAGGAACUUCGUGAUGCAGCGAAAUCGAUUCAAUCUCUACAGCGGGUCCUUAAAAUGCCACAACAUUCGUCUGAUAGAGGAGUAUUCUCCGAUGCAGACGAAUCAUCAAUUGCUGCUGAUUCGAGUGUCGAUGGACGGGUAUCAGGAAUUUCUACACGACUAGGACAUCCUAGAGGACAGACGACGAGCUCGUCAUUGGAUGGAAAAAGUUCUGAGAGCCUCGCAGGUGUCAGUCGCUUCUCGAAACUUCUACGUAGCUUCCGUUCCGGGCAGAGUUCACCAGAAAGACAUCCAACUAUCUCUUGGCGUCCAUUUGGCUUUUCCGAAUCAGCUGGCGAAGAAUGCCGUAUGGAAGAUUCGUUGUUACAGGCGGACAUUCUGCUGUGGAGAAAGCGUUCUCGAGCCAGUCUCAGGAAACACUUCAGUGUUCGAAAUUUGGCUGCUCGAGAAUUGUACGACACAGAAAAAUCGUUCGUUGAAGGGCUGGAGUUUUUAGUUUCGAAAUACAUGCGCCCGUUACGGCAACCCCUGGAGUGUACACUAAUCGAAUCCGGACUGGCUGACAAAAUUUUCUACAAAGUUCCAGAAGUGCUAGCACAUCAUCAGGUCCUCCUUGCUGCCCUAAGUUCGAGAAUUGAAGAAUGGGACAAGGAUACCGUCAUCGGCGACGUUCUCCUGGCUCAUUUUUCGAAGCAGUCGAUGAUUGAAACUUACAUAUCGUUCGUGGACAACUUCAAAUUUGCUAAAGCUGCCAUCUCCCAGGCUCGUGGCAAGCCAUCCUUCGAGAAAUACUACAAUAGAUGCUGCAGAGAUCAUCGAAACAAGCUAGAUCUCGAUUCGCUACUUAUUUCACCCAUACAGAGAGUACCCAGAUAUGAACUACUAGUCAAACAACUGAUCAAACAUACCCCUACGGAACAUGCUGAUCAUGAAGUGCUGCUGAGAACGCAACGGCAUAUUCAUAAUUUGGCAGUGGCAAUUAAUCAACACAAGGAGGCGAAUGAACAGAUGGAACAACGUCUACGAGAAAUCGAAGCGAUUGUUGAUGGUCUUGACGAUUUAGUGUCAACGGGUCGAAAUCUGGUCCGCUACGAUGUGGUACAGAUGCGAUGUCGUGGCGACGAAAAGCGGCAAAGAUGUGUGUUUACACUCAGUGAUCAGCUUGUACUCACCAGCGUGCGGCGGAAAAAUCCGACACGAAACGUCAAGCUCAUUACACAAUCGGUCGAUUUUCUGGAUAAUAAUCGAUUCAAAUUGAUCAUCAAAAUUGCUCUGGAUGAUGUGGAAAUUGCCAAAGACACAUUAUCGAUAUUGCAAGAAACGGAACAAACGAUAGACGUCGUACGAGAGGAUGAAAAGGUCAUCAGGAAGGUGAUGGAGCUGGCCAACCUAAUCAAGGGCAACAAGGAGAAGCUCAUGGCAGUUCUGGACGAAAUGGCUUGCGAGAAUAACGUUCGGCUGCGAACGUUGAAUGAUCAGAUGGUUUCAAAUCCAGAUCUCACUACCGUACAUUUGGCUGUUGCCACUUCUAACGGCGUCGAAACUGUACCGUUGGAGUUUGGCAGCGCUGAGAAGAGAGCCGUCUGGGAAACAGCGUUCCGUGAAGCCAAGACCGCACUCAUUAAUCAACAGAUAUCAGCACCUCCAGCUAAAAUAAAAGCCGUGAUUGCUCAUCAGACAAGAGCUGGAUUGCAGCUGAGCGCUGCUACGGUGGUACCCGGCAAACGGCCUGAUUCGACACCGUACAUUUGGCUCUUCUCCAGUGACGGUUUCAGUGGACAGGUGGCUGUUGUGUCUCUGGAAAGUGGUGAUCCGUGUAUUGAGAGCUGUUCCGGAAUUGGAAACGCUACCGUAACUGCUGCUUGCACAGUACCUCCGUCGCCACGGAAACGAAAACCUCGUAAAUCAAGAUCUCAGUCUCAGAAGUCACUCGAUCGUUUGGCAAGGACGGAGACGUUUUUUGACAGGAACAGCAGUGGCGAAUCGUCAGAAUCUGAUGACGACUCUUCACCAGGUCAAACUACCGUUUGGAUUGGGAACGAGGAUGGAGAAGUGUUUGUGGUGAACUCUACGGAAAGAGUAAGGACAAGGGCACGAGAACGAGUAGCUCGAUUACCAUAUCCAGUCACUGCAAUAACUUGUGUAGCUGGCAACGUCUAUGUUGCUACAGCAAGCCCAACCAAAGUGCAAUUGUUACGGUUUUUCACUUCGACAGACGGAACAUGGGAGCUGGAUUCACCGGCCACAGUAGCUCAUUCGUUGCUCCAACCUAUUUUGGCAAUGUGCCAAAAACCGGUAGAUGUUGUACCAACGUCGGACUCGCUGCACUUGUUAGCGACUACUGGCUCGGUACUCUUCUGCUGCGGAAGGCGAUCAACGAGCGUUCAUGUGGUGGAUGCGUUCUCGUUGAAAAUUCUGAAUCACUUCAGCAUAGCUGCUUGUGUACGAACUCAGCUGACAGGUAAGAAUGACUGCAUGCCGGUAGCUAGCACUACCCAGAAUAUAUCUAAAAUUUAUGUAUUCGUUCACUUGAUACAUGGGUUACUUGGAUUGCAAAAGCGAGCAGCGAGGCGUUCUGCAGGUCGUGAGGAUAUCAUCCGUGAGCAUAAGAUGGGAUGUUUGCGGAUUACCUGCAUCACGGUGGCCACAUCACAGCUUUGGAUUGGUACCUCGGCGGGAUUCGUCAUUUCAACACCACUGCACUGUGCCAAAACGCAACCCAUUCCACCAUUGACAGUUUGUGAAAUGGGACAUGCCGGUCCGUGUCGGAUUUUGUUGUCAGUCAGUGUGGUGAUGAAUCGGAAAGCGAAACGAAUGUCUCUCAACGUGCCAUCCCAGCAGUCGUCAAAGUUCCUUGUCGUCAGCGGCGGCGAAGGUUUGGACGACCGGAAUGGCAGCCAAGAUCCUGCCAACGAUGCUAUAGAAUGGAAGGAAGAUGGAGUGCAACGAGUACUCGAGGGUGCCCAGUCGAAGGAAAACAGCCGCAUGAAGGUUCUUGUAUAG